AUGCUUUGGGAAAUUCUUGGAGAUGCUGAAACAACUAUAUGCGAACAUCCCGUUCACCGAGGUGCUCACCAGAUGCCAACCUAUGCAAAAUUCCUGAAGGAAUUCCUUUCAAGUAAAAGGAAGCUCGAGGAAAUAAAAGUUGUCAAACUCAAUGCCCACUGCAGUGCCAUUCUACAAAAUAAAAUUCCUCAAAAGUGUGGGGAUCCUGGCAGUUUCACUAUACCCUGCUCAUUGGGGAGCGAAAAUUUUGACAAAGCCUUGUGCAAUUCAGGUGCUUCCAUUAACUUGAUGCCAUUAUCGGUGUUCAAGAAAUUGGAAGGAGAACUAGGAAUGAUCAAAUAUGUGCUGGUAUCUUUGCAACUGGCUGAUCAGACCACAAUCAUACCGGAGGGCAUAAUUGAAGACAUUCUGGUGAGGGUAGAAAAAUUUGUCUUCCCAGUAUACUUCAUCGUAGUAGACAUGGAAGUGAAUAAGGAGGUACCUCUAAUCCUGGGGAGACCGUUUCUUUGCACUGGCCGGGCUAUUCUUGAUAUAUAUGAGGGGCAACUCAUGCUACGAGUGAAAAACGAAAAAGUGGUGUUUCAAAUGAAGAGAAUGAUGAAAUACUCGUAUGAUGAUGCAUCUGCCUAUGCUUGUCUCUAG